UGCCGGUCUUAGCUCCCUCCUCAGUUUCGACCAUCGAGAUCCCAUCAUGAAGUUCUUGAAGGGUUUUUUGCUGUUCUCAGCUAUCUUGCUGGGUGCUGUCUCCUGUGAUGACAGCACGAAUCCAGACGAGUCCGCCAUCAUUGCCGACCCGAUGGACCCUCAAAUCCCUACUCCGAUGGGGAUUGACCCUCGGGCCGGUAUCCCUGCGGAAAUGGACCCUCAGGCUCCUCCUCCAAUGGGAAUGGGCCUGCAGGCCAGCCUACACCAGGCAAUGAAUCCUCAGGCUGCUCCCUCGGUGGGGAUAGCCCCCCAAACCGCUCCUUCUCAAGCCUCUUUUCAUGGGAGAGUGGACCCGCAAGCAGCUUCUUCCGUGGGAAUGAACCCACAUGCCGCUCCUUCUGUAGGAAUGAACCCGCAGGCCGCUCCUUCUGUGGGAAUGAACCCGCAGGCCACGUACCUAAUGGGAAUGGAUCUUCAGUCCCGUUUUCCCAUGGGAAUAGACCCUCAAUGGGGAAUGAUCCCUCAAGCUGCUCCUUCGGUGGGAAUAGUCCCGCAAGCUACGCCCCACGUAGAGACGAUCCCUCAAGCCGUCCCUUCCGCAGGAAUGAUGUCUUCACCCACUUUCCAGAGAAUGGAUCCGCAAGUGGCUCCCUCUAGGAGUAUGAACCCGCAAGCCGCUCCUCCUGUGGGAACGGGCCCUCCAGCCGCUCCUUCCGUGGAAACGGACCCAGAGGCCGCAGACCCUGUCAUCAAACCGGAGGCAGCCCCAGAAGAGGCGCCCUCUGACGUCAUCCCGAAACCGGAGGGCGCCGUGAGCCCGGACGAGGCGCCCUCCAAGCCCUUGACAGCCCUCCUCUACUUCAAGCCCGUGCUCGUCAUCCCGGGGGCGUCCUCGGCGGCCCAGCGCCCCUCCCCCUCGCGCUGCCGCCCCCACGACCGCCGCGGCCCCGUCAACAAGAAGACCUUCUUCGGGGGCUCCGGGUGGGGCUCCGGCCACGGCUCCGGGUGGGGCGGCGGCUACGGCGUCGACCCUUACUACGGCUACGAGCCCUUCGAUAACUACGACUCCUUCUACGCCUUCGGACCGCCCUCCUACCCGGAGCCGGAGUACCCUGAGCCCUACCCCUUCGAGCCGUACCACCGCCCUGGUUACGGGUACCCUUACUGAUCUCCAGAUGGAAAACUCUUUUGGUGUGAAUUUCAAGUUGAACUCGUGAAAUAAAACAAUUGAAUAUUUUUAAAAA